CAAUCCAUCAUUAUUAGACGAUAGUGAUAUUUUUAAAGCAUUAGAAGGUGAUGUACCAUUAGAAGAAGAGGAGGAUGAUGAGAUAAAUUUGUAUUUGCAACAAAGAAAAAUUGGACUAAAUGAUGAUCCAUUAAAAUGG